UCAGCCAAAUGUUAACAGAAGUUCCUUUCAAUACACAUUUCCUGCUUUGCAACUACUGAGAAAAGGUACCACCAAAUCCCUUUUUUCAAACAGAAACAUGACAACGACAGAGGUGUCUUUAACAAUCUUAGAGACAGACCCUACCUAUAGAGCGAACAUGGAGGAGUGGAGAUCUGGUAAAGAUCUCCGAAAGAAAUGCCUAGCAAUUGCCUCUCCUGUUACACCUGCCAAGGUUCGCUGCUGCAUCCUGAUUAUCUUUAUCCUUGUGGCUCUAAAUGUGGUGACACUUUCCACUCUUGUGGCAGUGAGAAACAGAGAGACAGACGUACAAGUUCUGCUUGCCACCUGCCCAGAAGGGUGGAUUGGAUUUGGGAGUAAGUGUUUUUAUUUUUCUGAAGACUCAAAAAAUUGGACAUUCAGUCAGACAUCCUGUACUUCACUGGGAGCUGUUCUUGCUCAGUUUGAAACGGAGGAGGAGUUGAACUUUCUGGAAAGAUACAAAGGCCCUUCUGACCAUUGGAUUGGCCUUAGCAGAGAACCAUCACAUCAUGCUUGGAAGUGGACAGACAACUCUAAACUUGAUGCCUCGUUUGUCAUCGAAGGAAUUGGGCAAUAUGCCUUCCUGAGUGCCUAUGGAAUUAGUAGUGGCAGCGGAGCUGUAGGCAGAAAUCGGAUUUGCAGCAAGACAAACAGUAAUAUCUCCAUACCCUCACGUACUUCAAGGCCUUUUUAGGGAAUUUCACACAACAUUACCAAGAGAUGCAUUGUGAAAGUGAAAGUGAAGUCGCUCAGUCGUGUCCGACUCUUCAUAACCCCAUGGACUGCUGCCUACCAGGCUCCUCUGUCCAUGAGAUUUUCCAGGCAAGAGUACUGGAGUGGGUUGCUGUUGCCUUCUCCACCAGAGAUGCAUUAUAGAUUGCUAUAUACAGUUGCCACUGUAUUGCCUCAUCUGCCAAAAAUUUAUCAUCAAAAUUAAUUUAUAAUAUUUGCUAACAGUGAAGAAGUAAGCUAUUCU